AAAAUUCAAAAAUGACAUUUUGUCAUCAGAUGAAAAACAAAAGGUUGUAUCAACCUUGUUUUAUGAUGUAUCAAUAUAAACGAAAUCAAGAUGUAACUUUUAUAACAGUUUUAUUUACUUUUAUUUAUCAAUGGUAGAAGAAACUAAAUGAUAAUAGGCGAACAUUUCAGCAUCUUUCAUUUUAAUUUACAGUCUUUUCGACAUACACAUAUAAAAGAAAAGAACGUUUUAUAAUGCUUAUGACCGAAAUAGUAUUAUAUGGAUUAUCCGUCUAAUUCAUUGGAAAAAUAUAUUCCCAUGUUUGCGUCAAAGUGCUUAUCGGUCUGCGUGGUUGUUAUUCAGGUUCGUCUCUACCAGUAGAUGGGCAUGCGGUCUUAUCAAUAGCACUCGGAAUUCCUAGCGAACACGCUGGUUUGAGUAUAAAUCUAAUAGUUUUUAACAACAGUGUAUUCAUUUACGAAAAAGACUCGCCAUUCGGGACUUCACGUGUGACUAUCGAACUCUAUUGGAAUACUUCACAUAAUGAACUACUGUUGAGUGUGUGCGAAAUCAAGAUCUAUGAGCCAAAAGGUAACCAAUUAAUACUUUAACCUGCUGCUGUCAUAUUUCUUACAGUGGUCUCAAUUAAAGCAUUUCGAGAAGACAUAAGUAAUAUUCUCAAAACAUUGUUCAAAUUUAGUUUAGAAAACAAUAGGCGAAAUUAUGACUAUGCUUGACUGUUCCAACAGCACCCAAUUGUAGACGCAAAAAUCGUUAAAAAACAGUAACAUUGCAAUAACUUGACCUUAACCUGUAAUUGCAGCUGUUGUAAAUGAUUGCAAUUUGAUCUUAAACCGUUGAUAAAAUUGGCUGCAGAAUGUUCCCAGAUGAGCGCAAUAUCCAACGGACAAGUGCUACUAAAUAACUUCACAGCAGAAUACGCCCAAUCCGGAAGAGUAGUAUGCGAUCCGGGCUAUCAAAUUAGCUCGGCCUCACAGGAAAUAACGUGUUUAAUGACGGGUGACUGGUCUCCAGCCAACUUCACAUGCCUACCAGUUGACUGUGGGGAAUGGACCGUCUCCAAUAUUUCGAUUGAUCACCAAACUGUUGCAUACUACAACACAACGACAUUCGGGUCUGUAGCCAUAAUGACGUGCGACCCGGGUUACCACGUGGAAUCUCAGCCAGGCGUCAGAAGUCAGUCAGCGAUAUGUUUGUCCAAUUCCACAUGGAGCAUGCACAUAUUUUCAAGAUGUGUUCCCCUAGAAUGUCCUGAAUUGGUCGUCCAUGCACCGUUAGAAAUAUUAUCACCAAUAACUAUUGGUGUGCUCAAUUCAACCGUUACAAUAUCCUGCCCACAAGAAUACGUGCUGCUUGGCACCAGUCAUUUACGUUGUUUGCGAAAUGGACAAUGGAGCAGCACCGUUCCUAUAUGUGUUGCAGACAACAUCAAUGUUCGUAUGUGUCAAGUAACCACAGAUGUUGAAGGAAACGCAUGGUCAGAAUCUACAUUCGGGACUCAGAUAGCAAACGAAUGCCCUUAUGGCUACAGUGGGGAUGUGACUAAACGUUGUUCGGCAGACGGAGAAUGGCUACCAACAGAGUACAACUGCAUCUCAAAGAGAGUAAAUGAUGUCAUUACCAUGGUUGAAACUCAUCCACUACCCGUUAACAGAAUAUUACAAACACUCAAUUUACUAACACAUGACACACAAAAGGGUCACCUUUUAUAUCCCUCGGAACUCGCAGCAUUGAUAGGCGUGUUGAAUGUCUUAGCUAAUGACACUCAUCUUACACGAUCCAAUGUAGGGCCAGUACAAUUCGUGUCCGCUAUCAGGAAUGCUUUGCUGGUCAGCAGCUCAGGUUUGAACGGUUCCCAGGAAAAUAAGAUCAGUUCGGAGAAACCGGAUGCUUUUCUAAUGCAGACAUUUCAUGUAUUAGAAAAGUACGCGCUGAAUUUGGCUGUGACGUUAGAAGCUGACGGCUCCACAACUAUAGACACUAAUGACAUUGUCCUUCACGUGUCCAGAAUUACAAAUAAUACAAUUGGAGACAUGAAGUACCCAGAGCAUGAACACAUGGGGACUUAUAUAAGCCUGCCGGAAAAAUCACUUAAAGGUUCGACAAUUUUGACAGUGGUUAUUUAUAGAUUCCUAGAUUAUAUUUUGCCCACACAAAUCUCAGGAUCGAGAAGCGGAGAGAAAUUUGUAAUUACUUCUGAAAUUGUGUCGAUAUCACUCGAUAACUGGCAGAACCUCGACGAAUUCGUAGUGGAGAUUGCAACACGGAUUACAAAGAAUGCUAUAGGCACGCCAAUAUGUACUUUUUGGAAUUCAACUGUAAAUGCAUGGGACACAGACGGAUGUGAAUUAAAGAUGUCCAAUUAUACGACUGCAAUUUGCCAGUGUAGUCAUCUGACACACUUUGCGGUGUUAAUGAGUCCGUUUAUUGAGCCCAGCGUUGCGAUCAAAGGUCUUGAUAUCUUUACCUUUGUUGGAUGUAGUAUAUCUAUUGUGUGCCUGCUGUUGACUCUGAUCGCCAAUAUAUAUGUCUGGAAGCAUAUCAAGAAUGAUCGCGUUGUGAUUUUGAUGCACCUUUCCUUGGCGUUGCUACUUGCGUAUGCCUUGUUCCUUGGUGGUGUAGAUCGCACAUCGAACAAGACGAUUUGUACAGUCAUUGCUGCGCUUCUGCACUACAUCUACCUGGUUGUGUUUUGUGUGAUGCUUGUGGAGGGGAUAGAUGUAUUCAUGUCGAUCAUAUUUGUGUUCAAACGAAAGUUGACUAUCAAAAAGAUGGCGAUUGCUUCAUGGGUUAUACCAGGAUUUGUGGUUGGCGUUUCCCUAGCAGCAACACAAACAAGAGGAUUUGGUAGUGAGAAAAGUUGUUGGCUUACCGUGGACGAUGGAACGAUCUGGGCAUUUGUGGCCCCUGCCUCGAUCGUUAUAUUGGUAAACAUCGCCCUCUUAGUGAUAGUUAUACGAGCUGUUCAUCGGGCUACAUACGUUGCGAAUAAAGACACCAUCGAGAAGGCCAAGUGCACAGUUCGCUGCCUGCUAGUUCUUCUUCCGGUGACUGGUGUAUCGUGGGUACUGGGUCUUCUUUACGUAGAUGACACUAUGGCUUGGGUUCAGUACCUGUUCGCCGUCUGCAACAGUUUGCAGGGUGCAGCCAUUUUCGUUUUCCAUUGCCUGUUAAACAAUCAGGUAAUGCAGGCAUUGAGAAAAAAGAUGCGACCCUCUGGUUCCCAGUUCAAGGAAGGCACUACAAGAGAGUAUGUGAAAAAGCAACGGGUUUCUUCAAAUGAAAGUUCAAUCAUGUCGACUAGAUUAUAGGAACGACCAGUUGACACAGUGAAACAAAAUAAUAAGACGAAACAUUUAGAACGAGUUAUUGCUGAUGUGACAAGUGUGGUUACAGAUAUUUUAUUGUAUUUUAGUUUUUGUUUAAAAGUGUUUUUAAAGUGUCACUUUGCAACCAUUACGAAAUAUACUUUCACUUGUAAAAGAUAACCUCUUCGUUUUUUGAGUGGCUACAGAUUUUCCGAACGUAAAAAUGAAGCCACAUCUUCGAUACGUAGGUGAUAUCUCAAACUGAUGUCCGUACGAGUACUCAACUUUUAUAAUGUAGAAACAUUUUUGGUGGUAGAUAUAAAAUUUGAAUUUAUUCAAGAGCAUGUCAAAUAACAAGUUGACAACCAAACCAGUGUUAUUUCAUAUCAUAUUCUGUUAAAUACUAGUUUGUACGCUCGACUAGGCUCGCGGUGUAUUCAUGUUGAACAAUGUUUUUUGCAGCUAUUGUUUAAUAUCACUUUGCAAUACGUCGUUGCUUUUUUAUGUUACCCAAAACAGUGCAUGAAUAAAGAGAAAAACUUA